AUGUCCGCAGCCAUUCGCGUUUUCCUUCUUUUCGCCAUCUUCGCUGGAGUUGUUGAGAUGUGUGGAAACUUGCACAGUCAACCAGUAGCAUCGACACCGAACGCAACUGGUAAUGGUACCAGUCGUAAGCGCAGAUCAGCUGCUGUCGUCAACAUUGCCCACAUUGAGUUUAAAACUACCCUCACCUCGGCUACUGACUUAGAAUUCUCGAGAAUCGAGAACGAGCUAACCAGAGAAUACGAAGAGCUUUUGGACAAAGCUCAUCGCCAGGUUGCAACUGGAGUCGACGGAGGAAGUGUUCUCAAAUACAUGUUCAUUGAAACUGACUGCGGAAUCGCUCAACUUUUCGCUCAAGUCGUGAAAGACCUCAACUCCUUCGUCACUGGUGCUACUAUCCGAUGCAACGAUCAAAUUUCCAACAUCUAG